AUGGGGGAUAAUGGUGACUUUGAUCUUUGCGAGUGCAUAAAUGGACACGAAGCUGCAAUGCGUCGGUUGCUGGGGAUGUUGAGGCAAUCACAAGCUUUUUGCAGUGACAGCUCCUGUGUUGAUGAUUUAACGCCUGUUCCGCGAGGGGACACUAAUCCCCUGACAAUGACAUAUAUGAUUUUCGCGGCACUAAUGUUCGCUAUCAUAGGAAUAAUUUUUCAGGCUAGAGUUGGGCGCAACACUGAUGGCAAACCAAGAAGUGGCUUUUCAAGGGUUGGUAUUCCCAUUUCGUUUUGUUGUUUUUCAAUCUCCGUGCCCUUAUGCUUUUGUUCCUGUGACAGUUUAAAUUAA